UUCAUAAUCCAUCCAUGAAUCUAAUCUAAUAAUUAGUUCACAAAUAACGGAUGUUGAAAUUAUACCGAAUCAGCGUUUACAUAACUUUGUUUGGCUGCUUGGUUGUCGUGGCAACGUGUCCGGCGUCCUGAAGGACAUGCUUUUCUCUGGCGUCCGAUGAGCUAGAAGUGUCUCAAUGGAGACUUCCUCACAGGCCAGAGGCGGCGGGGGGCUGUGGAAUAAGCCCAGGGCGGCCCAGUACAGCAAGGAGACUCAGGACAUGCUGAGAUUGAUGAUGCAGGAGUCAAGGCUCACCACCCUCCAAAGGAAGCAGAUCAAUGAAUGCCUGAAGAAUGGAGCAGCUUUGCCACUGACCCCUGAUCCCACACCAUCAUCUACGCCCCCUGCGCCUAAAAGCCGUAAAUCGGUCCAGGUACGCCUGCCAGGCAAGCCUCAGAGACGCAGCGCUGAGUCCUGUCGCUCCGGGAACAGUUACACCAGAGAUAGGUUCCAUCCUGGUCCUACACGUGACCUGGAGAAAGAAAAGAAGAGGCUUCAGAGUAUUCUGUCAAAUGGGCAUGAUAAACCUCCAUCUCCAACAAAUGCUGCAUAUCAGAGCCCAGAGGUGUCAGAAGACAGGGACCGGUAUCAGGAGGUUUUGGAUGAGAUAGAGGAAAGAAGGCAGUUUCUGGCAGACAUGGCCUCUCUGGGUCAGGAGAAGAAAUACAUCAACAUCAUCAACACGGAGAUAUCGCAGAAAAUCAGAGAACUGGAGAUGCUGGACAACUGCUCGAAGAAGAAUGCACCUGCACCCGAGAGAAAAGAGUAGAGGGAAGAGCAGAUGACACGACAACAUGUGGAAAAACAAUCAAGACUGUGACUUGUGAUUAUAUUAGUUAUAUAAUAGUAUAUCAAUAGUAGUAUAUUCUGACAAGCAUUGGCAGACUCCCGAUACAAGCCAUGUUUCACAUAUCUAGAAAAAUGAUGCCUGAUCCACUGCUUCAAAUGUGAUGAGUGAUGGAAGCAUAAAAUUAGACAAACUAGUUGAAUUAACUUGCCUUCAGGUGUCAGUAUUUGAUAUAAUCCUUCUGUUGUUUUAGGACAAUGUGCAGAGCUAGAAAAGCCCUUGGGUUGAGCUGGACAGGAAAAGAAAGACACACAGCAGAAGCCCAGACAUAUAAGAGACACUACAAUACAUGAUGAACCAAGUUCAAAAUAAGUAAACAAUAAACACUUAAUUAGUCACACGCUCAUCCACAUAAGCAAUUAAAUACAUGGCACUUAUACAAACAUACAAUGUGAAUAUACACACUAGCCUAUCAGCUUUCAAUGCAACACAAGAAACACAGAGAGGCGAAGUAAAGUAUGAAUUCUUAAUUGCAUAUUGAACUGGCUGCAACUGUUUCGAGUGUGCGUUUUGUUCCAUUUGUUAAAAUACCGUUUCAGCAUUUUGUCAUAUUUAUCACUGCAUGUGACCUGCCAUCCUAAUAAAAAUGUUCUCUCUUCCUAAAA